CCGGGCAUGGCCGCCCCCCGCCGCCGCCGCCGCCUCGCCCCGCGAUAGCCGCCGCCGGGAGCCGAGUGCUCCGGCGUUGCCGUAGAGGAAGGAGCCUGGAAGGACAGAGAGGAGUGCGGUGACAAGUCCAUGCAAAACUGGAUGUUUCAGCUCAAAACUCCCAGGUGUUCAUCUCGGUGGGGCCACGCUGACCAUGCUCAGGAGCUUCUGUCUCCAGCUCAUGUCCUUGCUUUGGAUCCUCUUGGCGCAUCACCAGCUCGCCCAAGGUGAUGACUGCAGCGAGCGCUGCAACCUGGCCCACGGCUGCUGCGACCAGGAUGGGAAGUGCAGGUGCGAUCCGGGCUGGGAGGGCGAGCACUGCGAGGAGUGCGUGCGCAUGCCGGGCUGCCUCCACGGGACCUGCCACCAGCCCUGGCAGUGCAUCUGUCACAGCGGCUGGGCCGGCAAGUUCUGCGACAAAGACAUACACAUCUGCGAGCACCAGUCCCCGUGCCAGAACGGGGCUCAGUGCGUCUACGACCGAGACGGGGACUACUCCUGCCUGUGUCCUGAGGGCUUCCACGGGAAGGACUGCGAGAUGAAGGCAGGGCCGUGCGAGAAGGCAGGGUCUCCGUGCAAGAACGGGGGGCAGUGCCAAGACGAGAACGGCUUUGCCAGCAACUUCACCUGCCGCUGCCUCGCCGGCUUCGUGGGGGCUCUCUGCGAGCACGACGUGGACGACUGCCUGAUGCGCCCCUGUGCCAAUGGUGCUACCUGCCACGACGGCGUCAACCGCUUCUCCUGCCAGUGCCAGCUGGGCUUCGAGGGGCGCUUCUGCACCAUCAACAUCAACGACUGCGCCAGCCAGCCCUGCAAGAACGGGGCCAAGUGCUACGACCGCGUCAACGACUACGACUGCUUGUGUCCCGACCGCUUCACCGGCAAAACCUGCGAGGUCUCCGUCCCCGAGCCCACCUGGGCUCCCCCCUUCCAGCCCGCGAACCAGGAGGGCGGCGGGGCGAUGCGGAGCACCACCAGCCAGCCGCCCGGGGUGACGCAGCCCGAGCCUGGCAGGACCGCGGUCACGGGGCGGCGCGUGGCCAACCAGAGCGAGAAAGCGCCGGGGGGAGGGUUGUUGAAAAUCUCCGUGAAGGAGGUGGUGACCCAGAGGGACUCCGGGCUGAGCGAGGCCCAGCUGGUGACGGUGCUGGUGUUUGGGGUGCUGACGGCGCUGCUGGUCCUCGUCACCGUCCUGCUCAUCCUGAGGAACUGGCAGCGGGGCCGGCAGAGGUCGAACUGGUGCCAAAGCCCUUCGCAGGCUGCCAGGAAGCUGCAGGACCAGGAGUGCCAGGUGGGCAUGCUCAACACUGUCCUGAUCGAGCCCAGGAAGACGACGGAGCUGUGAGCUGCGAGGACCCUGAGCCAGGCCCUGGCAGGUCGUCGUGCUGGCAGACCCCUCGGACAGGCAGGGCAGCUCUUCUGGUGCAAACCGGGGCAGAGAGCGCAUCGACGAAACCCCAGGGCACCGAGCACGACGCGAUGUGUCCGAGCCACCUCUGCCAGGCCGGCGUGACCCACGGGAAUCGAGGCAGGGCCACGUGGGGCCAGCCCCGCGAGGGAGCAGCACCGGCAGCGCCCCGACGUGAGCUCUCGGAGGAGGAGGACGCGGCCGUCCCACAGACGUCUUCUGCCAGGCCCUUCACAGCUCCUCCCUGGGACUCCUGGAAGCGGCUCCGGGGAUCAUUUCGGGUCUCCUCCUGCUCUUUUCCUGCCGUGUGACGGACGCCCCCUCCUCCUGCUGUCAGCCUUGGUGUUGCAAACGUGUUCCGAACCUUCCUCCUGAUGAUCCGUGGGGUCUUCUCCCCCCACGUACCGAGCCGUCCUUGCUGGCCUGGACGCAAACCACAAAGCUUGCCCAGCACACGCUUCUGCUUCGCUGUUUGCUGACGGGGAGGAGCACAGCUUGCUCCCCUCGGGGCUGAGCUGGUCCUUCUCACGUGCCCCCGCAGGUGAAACUGGCAAUGGAUGAGGCUGGGGACGUGCUGGGGCUGCGUUAGGAGCAGUACAAAAGCCAGACCCUCGUUUCCCCUGCCAGCACUAACCUGGAUCCAGCCACUGCAGCGCUUCCUGACACAAAACAGGCCUGUGACGAGCCGGGGAUGACUGCACGAAGCAGACAGAGCGCUGCCUUCCCCGCCCCUGCUAAAGCACAGCUGAGGGGCAGCAGAUUGCCGGGGCACUUCGUCCGUGUACCAGCCCUGCUCUGCCUUUUCUGGUUCGCUGCGCAGCAGCCAGCGCCUCCCUGCCAGGAUUUGCUGUGCCUCCUCGUGGGAACGGGGCAUUAAGCAGUGGAUUUCUUGCAAACAAAGCAAAACAGAACAAAAAAAACCCUACUACUGGGCCUGUAGGGCUGCAGAGCGGAGUUGAAGGUGAUGCACAGAGAGCGGAGAGAGGAGUGAGCGCUCAGCCAGGAGGGAGACCUGGGAAAAGGGACUGGGGCUGCAUCAGAAAAAUUAUUUUUUUAAUACAUGGAUGGAUGAUGUACCUUUAUCAAAUAAAACAAAUACAAGCCCAGAA